AUGGAAACUGGAUGGGAAGACUGUCUCGGCGAGAGUGGUGCGUGGCUCCUCAAACCGUUGCAGCAGCGUCUCCAUUACGACAAGCCGCUGCCGGUGCAGCAAGCGGUGGUGCCAACCGUGCAACGCGCACUCCUGAGUGGGUUACCCAUGGACGUUUGCCUAACAGCCCCCACAGGCAGUGGCAAAACGCUGUGCUAUCUGCUGCCCAUGCUGCGCCUUGUGGCGGAGUGUAAGAAGGGUAUUGACCACACACGGCUGCGGGCUCUAGUGCUUGUGCCCACGAAGGCCCUCGGACUGCAGGUGAGCCGCGAGCUGCAGCAGCUCACCCGCGGCACAUCAAUCACUGCUGUCUGCCUCUGCAAGGACAACAGCGUGAAGGAGGAGGCGGAGGCCCUUGUGCGUAGCGUCGCCGUCGUACGCGGUACGCGUGCGCCGAGUCCGUCAGGCAACGCAGUUCUGAAAACCGAUGAGGAGGAGGAGGAGGAGGAGGAGGAUGGGGCUGAGGGUGCUGGUGCGCUGCCUUCCUCGCAGUUGUGUUAUUACUCCCGCGCCGAUAUUGUGAUUGCGACCCCGCAGCGGCUGCUUCGCCACCUUGACGGCACGCGCGGACUCUCGCUCGCCGACCUGCGCCUCCUCGUCAUUGAUGAGGCCGACCAGGUCCUCGCCGGCAACUUCUCCAACUUUGUCGCAAAGGUGGUGGAGCGCUUCGAAGAAGAGCAGCUGGCGGCGCGCGGCGACGCCGUCGGUACGCGGCGGCUGGUGCACUUGACGUACAGUCUGCACAAGAUGCUCUGCUCGGCGACGCUCUCGUCGCACGUCGCACGCACCUCAGAGGUGCGAUUGCGCAACUGCCGGCACUUUGUGCUGGACAGUCUUGGUGGCGACAUAAACCGCGAGGACGAGGGCGAGCCAUUGCAGCUGGUGUCCUCGAGUGAGGCCAAGACGAAGAGGAAGAAGAAGCGUGGUGCUGCGGAGACGGAAGGGGGUGAUGAAGACGACAACGAUCCGGUAGUUGCGCUACCCAUUUCGAAGCAGCAGCUUGUACGCACCUCGUUUGCGCUUCCGCUGCGACUGCAGGAGCACGUUAUUUUUGUGGAGGAUUGGUACCGCCACGCCGUUCUGCUUAAGCUCAUUCGUACCAUCAUCGCUAAACAGCGCGGCGGCAAGUCGGGGGCACAGAAGCAGCAGCAGCAGGAGCAGGAGGAGUCACGGGCUGCUGCUGCAUCGCCUGGAGACAACAAGAAACACAACAGCAGCGAUGCCGAACACGAUGAUGAUGAUGCUGAUGAGGAAAGGGAACGUGACGACGCGGAGUUCCGCGCCCUCGGACACCGUCGACGCCGCCAGGGCCGCACAUCGAAGUUUGCCACCGUGUCGAGUUGCGACUACCCCUCCUGCGAUGAUGAUGCAGGUGAGCGCAUCCUUGUCUUCUGCCGCUCCGCGGAUGAGGCGCGUGUGAUGGGGCACUUCCUCCUCUCCGCCGGUGUGCAGGCAACGGAGUUCACAACGCUUGCGACGGAGAACGAACGGCGGCGUGCGUUGCUCAAGUCGUCGCCUGACGCCUGUGUCGUCGCGUCUGAUGCGUUGAUGCGCGGCGUUGACGUGCCGAACGUUGGCCACGUCAUUAUGUACAGCCCACCCGAGACGCUCUCGCAGUACGUCCACCGCGCGGGCCGCACGGCGCGAGCGAUGCGGGCGGGCCACCUGCAUAUUCUGCUGCAGAAGAACGGGCCGAGCGGCACACAGCACGACGGAGAGGUGGCGGUGUUCAAAGCUCUCAGCGCCGCCGUUGCACGGAGCCAGCCGGUGCAGUACGAGCGUCACUUCUUCAUGUUUGAUCGGCCCCCAUCGGCUGCUGAUGCUGCCAACAACAGCAGUGGGGAGAAGAAGGAGGAGGAGGAAGCUACGACGGACAAGGCGCGCCUGUUGGUUGAUGAGGCGGACGAAUACCUGAAAAGGACGCAGGCGCGUCUGGCAACCCACUGGGUAUCUGCACUUGAAAACACCAAGAGGGAAGCCGCGCCGACCGGCAGCGCGGCACGCGCAGGGGGCGCGGAGAAGGGGGGGGUGGAGCCCCCAGCGAAGAAGAAGCGAAAGUAA